AUGGAUAGCACAAUACUAAACAGAGUAGGAAAAAGGCUGGAGCCAGACGAAAAGCUGCAAAAAGCCACCCAAGGGCUGAAAGAGUUGAUGGAAAGCAAAGAGUUUAAAAGCCAGUUUAAAAAACAGUCGCAAAAAAAGCUUCAAGCUAUAAAGUGGAAGAACACAUACUAUAAAAAGUUCCAAAAGCCCAACUUGGAUCUAGCAAAAAAGCCGCUGGAAGAAGCGCUCCGCCCGAAAAAAUGCACCGCUGAGGAAUCCUCCAUCAUAAAAGACAAAAUAUGCAUGCUAGAGUUCCAAUUUAAGCGCCUAAACAUUCUCUGCAGGCGCCCGAAGCUGAGCCCCAGCCUAGAGCAGCUUCGAAUGAGAAAAAAAUAA